AACCAAUGGAAAAGUAGUUGUAGCGCGUGCUCAUCCACACAUACCGCCAUUACAGAACAUCUGAAACUUUUAUUUUUAUAACUCAAAAGAUGGCAGAAGAACAGCAAACAGAGAGCAUGGGGGAAAUGCAGCAAUCAGACGGUGGCUCAGCGAACGGAGGGAACCCACAAGAAUCUGAUGAUGACAGGUACUAUUUGAAACUUUUUGUUGGAGGAUUAAGCUGGGAAACAACAGAAAAUGACCUGAAGGAAUACUUUGAAAAAUAUGGCAAAGUUGCUAGCUGUAACUUGAAGAAAGACUUGGAAACCAUGAGGUCAAGGGGAUUUGGUUUUGUGGUCUUUGAAAGUGCAGAAGCUGUCGAGAAGGUUUUAUCACAAGAAGAAAAACAUGUACUACAGAAUAAAACAAUUGAUCCCAAGCGGGCAAAUCCAAAAGGCAGGUUCCAGGACCCACCAAUCAAAAAGAUCUACGUCGCCAAAGUGGACCCGGCUGUUUCAGAAGAAGAAAUCAAAGAAUACUUUGGACAGUGGGGAGAGGUGGAGAAAGUUGAAGCCCCCUUUGACAAGGAAAAGGAACAGAGACGUAACUUUGUCUUUGUGGAGUUUAAGAAUGAAGAAUCUGUAGACAAAGUUUUAAAUCACUCGACUGAAAAUCCAGAGUUCAAACACUCACUUGGCAGUGACGAGAUUGAAAUUAAGAAGGCAACUCCCGGACAGCGUGGACGAGGAAGGGGAGGUUUCUUCAGGGGUGGAGAUAGGGGGCGUGGUGGCCGAGGAGGCUGGGGUGGAUAUGGAGGAUGGAAUGACUACAACGGUGGAUAUGGCGGUGGUGGUUAUGGCGGAUACGGCAACAGCUACGGAAAUUAUGGAGGAUAUGGUGGCGGAUACGGUGGCUAUGGAGGUUAUGAUGGAUACAGUGGCUGGGGAGGUUAUGAUCAGUACAGUGGAUAUGGUGGUUAUGGCGGAUACGGAGGAUACGGAAGUGGCUAUGACUACAGUGGCUGGGGAGGCUAUGGCGACCAAACUGGAGCUGAUGGAUCUACAGGUCAGGCAGCAGGUUACGGGAAAGCCCCCAAGCCAGUGCGUGGGGCCAGCAGUGGCUACAGGCCGUACUAGUUCCUUUUCUGGAGCUGGAGCCAUCAUCGUUUUAUCCAUGUGUACAUAGUUGAAUCACUCGUCAUCAUCGUCUCAUCAUGUUGUAAUUGUGUAGCACGCAUCCAGUGCAUGGAUGCUGGACCCUCAUUGUUGAACAACAAGAAUAUAAUAAUGCUUCAUUGAUCAUUGUUCUGGACAUUAACUUGCAAGAUCAUUUUAAAAAUGUGAAUAAAGUGGAUGUUUUCUUA